AUGGCAAGCUCCUUCAAGACUGUCGUUACCUCUUUGUUGUUGGCGGCUGCUACUGGCCAGGCGGCGGUGCUGGCUCCUGCCAACGAUAUCGAGUUCCCAUCUGUUAAGGGAGUCCAGAAUCCGUUGCAGUAUUCUGGAGCAAACACCCCGUACCUUGCUGGACCCAAUGUCAAUGGUGUGGUGAAUGAUGUGCCUGACAAGUGCACUGUUCAGCAAGCUGCUUAUGUUGUGAGACACGGUAGCCGAUUCCCCGAUACUGGAUCUUACAACUCGUGGGUUGCCAUCAAAGAUAAGAUCCAAACCGCCGUCAAUGGCAAGGGCUUCGAUGCCUGUGGCUCGUUGUCCUUCAUCAAGGAUUGGAGCCCCGUGUUGACUAACCCAACCCUGCAAAUUGCGCAGGAGUCCAUGACUGGUUGGAAGGAGGCCAGCGACCUUGGCUACCAACUCCGUGCUCGCUAUCCCGAUUUCUACGAGGAUGGUAACCCAUUCUACGUCUGGGCCAAUCAGUACAAGAGCCCAAUCAACGAAUCCCGCGUCGUUCAAACCGCCCGUGCCUUUGUUCACGGUUACCUGUACGAGUUUGCGGACACAUACGGCACGGUGGUCAGUGUGAACUCCACUGGCUCUGUCAACGCCAUCGGCAACUCGCUCGGUCCCUCUGACUCGUGCCCGAAAUUCGGUGCCACCUCGAGCGGAGGCAACAACGUCACUGAUUUCGAUGCCACCUGGGCCCCUAAGGCCCUCAAGCGUAUCAACAAUCUGGUCAGCGGCAACCUGACCUUCACUCAGUCGGACAUUCUGUUCUUCCCCUACAUGUGCGGAUAUGAGAGUCAGAUCACCGGUCGUUUGAGUGACUGGUGUAGCGUGUUCACCGAGGACGAGCUGCGCAACUAUGCGUACUCUCAGGACCUGAGUUACUACUACAGCGUUGGACCGGGAUCAGACGGUCCCGCGAGCAAGCUGUUCCUGCCUUUCCUUGAGAGCCUCUUGACUCUUUUGAGCAAGGGUCCCGGCCAGACUGGCACUACUGUCAACGGGGGCAAAUUCAAUAUCCCCAGUCUGAUCAUGGCCUUCUUGAACGACAACCAGAUUGCCGAGAUGACCUCGGCCAUGGGCAUUUUCGAUAAUGAAGACCCUUUGUCCACUACUCAUGUCAAGUCGAACCGCCUGUACAACGUCGGCCGUUUCAUUACCAUGCGCGGUACUGUUGCCUUUGAGACUCUGAACUGCCAGGUUGGCUCUGGAAAGAAGGCGACCAACGAGACCUAUAUUCGGAUCCUGUUCAACGAUGCCGUGUACCCGGUUGCUAACUGCCACAAGGGACCUGGCAAGAGCUGUCUGUUGUCGGACUACCUGGCUCUCAUCAAGGAGAAGAGCAAGGCCGCUGGCAACUGGAACGACUACUGCAACGUGACUGCAGCUGGACACCCCAAAACUGUGGCUGGAGCCAGUUUCUUCAGUGACCUGUCUCUCGACUUCUUGACCUUUGUCAAGCCCUCUAACUAA